AUGUCCUCCUGGAUCUCGUUCUCCGACAUCUUUUAUUUUACUCGCAAUGCGAGAAAAGCGCCUCUCAUCCCAGAGGGCUUCGUCCUUGAAACACCUUUGGAGUGCAAGACCACUACGGCCGCAAUCCAGCUCAAGCCAGAGUCUCCAACAUCCCGCUCAACACUUCCUACCAUUUCCCAAUCACCGGAACCUUUGCCCGCGUCUUCCACCCCACAGACACCCCUGGAGCCAGUCAUUUUCAUAGGAAACAACAGCACGGAAACCCUUGUCAACGUUGUUUCAAAGCCCGGGUUUCCAACUUCAAUUCUGCAGCUCUACCCAUCUGCCAAUGAGGCUGCGCAUACACGACGCAUAUCGUUCGCAGAUUGUGCCACCCCCUCACGUCCUGUGAAGCCUGUAAAUGUCAUUGACAUGGGCCAGGUCUCGUACAAGCCCUCCGCGGCAGCAGUGGAAACGCCUGAGCAAGCAAAACCUCUCAGAGAGGACGUCCCUGACACGGAAAAGAAAUUAAAGAGGAAGAGCAUCAUGCGGAGUAUGUCCUUGCUUGGCCCUCGUGCAUCCGGCACGAAGGCGCGCCGCUUCUCGGUCCCUGUCUUUUCUUCGCUGACGGAUGCCAUGAAUAAGCGGGCAAGCAAGCGGCCGGCUAUCUCGCGCGACCCGAACGUCUAUCCCAACCCUGACAAGUUUUAUCCCGAGAGAUGGCUCGACGAAAAAUCCGUGAAAGACCUCGAGCUCAAGUUCCCUUCAUACGGUUUUCGACGCAGGUAUACCUUUUCCUGA